AUGAGUACUAUCUUCUCAUCCUUUCUUCUCAUAACAUGCAUUUGUACCCUCACAAUAAGAGCCUGCUCGGCCGGGGACCCCGACAACCUCUUCGACUCCUGCCCGGCCGACACCAAAACCCACACCGUAUUCAUCAACGGAUACCCGUGCAAGAGCCCGUCCGAGAGAGGCCCGUCCGACUUCAAGUCCUCGGUCCUCUCCAUGCGCGGCGACACGGACAAUCUCUUCCGCUCGUCCGUGACCAUGUCCACGGCCGCCGUCUUCCCGGGCCUGAACACGCUCGGGCUCUCGGGGGCCCGGAUCGACCUCGACGUGGAUGGGGUGGUGGCCCCGCACUCUCACCCGAGGGCGUCCGAGAUUAUCUUCGUCCGGGCCGGGCUCGUGGUGGCUGGGUUCGUGGACUCGGGGGCCCGGGUUUUCCAGAAGCAGCUGGGCGAGGGGGACGUGUUCUUGUUCCCCAAGGGACUCUUGCAUUACUGCUUUAAUGCCGGGUUUGAGGAGGCUGCCGUUUUUUCGGUUUUCAAUAGCCAGAAUCCCGGGCUGAUCGGAAUUUCGAGCGGUUUGUUGAUGGGGAACGGGUCGGGUUCUUAUGAGGGUGUGAAGAUGGUGGUGGAGAAGCUGAAGGCCGUGUCCGUGAGGGAUUUGGAUGGGGUUAGUGCUGUGGAGUUGUUUGGUGAGUAG